AUAUGCAAAUGACCGGAUUGUUCUAGGAAGUGGGCUGUCAGAGCUGUGGUGUUACACUUCUUCAGUUGGUGUGUCUAGACCCGUUUUUCUUUUACCUUUUUUUUCCUCCUUUCACCAGUGGGCAUGGUACGCAUCAGACUCCUAUGCUUCAGACACCACAAGCAUAUAAGAAGGCCAAGAACGGUUUAACAGCGUGCCGCCAUAAGCAGCGAGGAUUUAACCCAUUUUUCCCCAGCGGAGGUUUGACUGCAUCACUGUGAGUUGAAGGGACGUUGACUCUUCAGACUUUUUCAACCUGCAAGUCAAAUUUCACCAGAGAGAAAUUUUAGUGUAAACUAUCUUUUCCUGACCGGCACAAGCACUUCAAUCAAGCGUAAUCAUGAGCGCCCACGAGUCGGACCUGCACACCAUCUCCCAGGAGAUGCCGGCCAUGUUUGACGGCAUGAAGCUGGCGGCUGUUGCCACGGUGCUCUACAUCAUCGUCCGCUGCUUGAAUCUGAAGAGUCCCACCGCGGCGCCAGACCUCACCUACCAGGACACGGCACUCAACCGCUUCCUGCUCAAGUCCUGCUCUCAGCUGUCCAAAGAGUACAUCCCGCCAUUGCUGUGGGGUAAGAGCGGUCACCUCCAAACGGCGCUGUAUGGUAAACUGGGUCGGGUGAGCUCACCUCACCCUUGUGGAAUCAGGAAGUAUUUGCCCAUGCAGGAUGGAGCCACGGCAACCUUUGACCUCUUUGAGCCCCUGGGGGACCAUCAAACAGGAGACGACAUCACCAUGGUGAUAUGUCCUGGUAUCGGUAACCAUAGCGAGAAGCACUACAUCCGGACCUUCGUGGAUUACGCCCAGAAAGACGGAUACAGGUGUGCCGUGCUGAACCACCUGGGUGCUCUUCCCAACAUCGAGCUCACGUCUCCACGCAUGUUCACUUACGGGUGCACUUGGGAGUUUGCAGCAAUGGUUGGCUACAUUAAGAGGGCAUAUCCUCAGACCCAGCUGAUCGUCGUGGGCUUCAGCCUGGGUGGGAACAUCGUUUGCAAGUUCCUGGGUGAGAACAGGGUGAACCAGGAGCGAGUGCUGUGCUGCGUGAGCGUCUGUCAGGGCUACAGCGCUCUCAGGGCUCAGGAAACAUUCCUACAGUGGGAUCAGUUCAGACGGUUCUACAAUUUCCUCAUGGCAGACAACAUGAAGAAAAUUAUCCUGUCACACAGGCACAGUCUGUUUGGGGAAAGCUUACUGAAAAAGUUUGACACAGAUCUCAAUCGACUGUACAUAGCAACAUCCCUCACGCAGAUUGACGACAACAUCAUGAGAAAGUUCCACGGCUACAGCUCUCUCAAAGAGUACUAUGAAAAGGAGAGCUGUGUACAUUAUAUCCACAAUGUGGAUGUGCCACUGCUGCUGGUAAACGCUGCAGACGAUCCCCUGGUUCAUGACUCACUGCUUGCCAUCCCUCGCACAUUAGCAGCAAAGAAGCCGAACGUGAUCUUCGCCCUGACGCUUCACGGAGGCCACCUGGGCUUCUUCGAGGGUGACGUGCUUUUCCCUCAGCCCCUCACCUGGAUGGACAAAGUGAUCGUGGGCUAUGCCAACGCCAUGUGCCAGUGGGAGAAACAGAAAGCGCCCUGCCAAGCCAGCCACCUCACCGGGAGCUCCUGCGUAGAGGCAAAAGCCUAAACCUCUGUGUGUGUCUCUCUCUCCCUCUCUCUCAUUCUUCAUUUAAACAUCCUACACUUUGCAGCACCACGGUUCCAACACGCACUGAGGAGACACUUUAAACUGCUCUUUGUCUCUGCCUUCUC